UUCAAGAACGAUACCAGGAAAGAAAUAGGAGACGGCGAGAGCGUCGUGCUAUUAAUAGGCCAGAAGAAGUUGGGAAUUGUAGCAGAGGCACUUCCACUAUAGCAUUAACGGCAGUCCAAAUCUGUCCUCAGUAUAUUGAAUCAGUAUCUGGUGUUCCAGAACAACCAGGAAAAUGUAAUCAGCAAAAGAGAAGAAAGCGUGAUUCUUCAAGUUCAAAAGCUCCUAUGAUUAAUCUAGAUCAGAAUUCUGAUCCUAUUUUGACUUCUACAGAGUCAGAAUCAAUACCUGUUGAAUGCAUUCAAUCAACAUAUGGUAUUCUACAAGGAGCAAGAAAAUGUAAUCAGAAAAAAGGAACAAAGGCUGAUCUUUCGAACUCAAAGCUUGGUAUAAUUGAUCUGGAUCAAAAUUCUGAUAAUGUCUUAAUCUCUGGCAAGUUAGAAUCCUUCCAAGGUAUACAGAAUUCUCAAACAACAAAUGUUAUUCACACCUCUGGUAUUGACAUUCCUUCAACCAGUACGGGGGUAAACAAUGAUAGUUAUCAAAUUGCUUCAAGUAGUACAGCAAUAAACAAUGCCACUCUUGGAUCUCAAAAAUCUGCCCGGCGAUCUCAACAACGUCCUCAAAGACAAAAAAGAGAUAUUCUGCAAAAUAUUGCUACAGAAUCAAUGACAUUACCAGAAGCUCCUUCUUGUAAACUCUGUGGAGCAAAAAAAUUUCACUUAGAGCCUCCUGGUUUUUGUUGUUCAUCAGGUGAAAUUCGACUCCUUGAAACUGAGAUGCCUCGAGAAUUGAUGUUAUUAUAUCUCAGUGACAAUGAUGAAGCUACAGACUUUCGCAAUUGUAUACGAAACUAUAAUAAUAUGUUUGCUUUCACUUCAAUAGGAAUGCACUGUGAUAAGGAAUUAGGAAAAAAGUACAAUGGUAUCUAUACCUUUCGAGUGCAGGGUCAGAUGUAUCAUUUUAUAAAUCCAUUAGUUCCUGCUGAUGGUCAAAAGCCAGUGAAUUUGCAGUUGUAUUUCUAUGAUACUGAGCAUGAAGUAGAAACUCGUCUGUCCAUAUCAAACAAGUUCAGAGAAAAUUUGAUAGCAAUGUUAGCUGAUCUAUUGAAAGUAAAUCCGUACUCAUCAUUUUUCCGUGGAUUACAAGACUUGCCUGAUCUAGAUGAAUACAAAAUAAUGUUGCAAUCAAAUCCAACAGUUGAUCAGCACGUUUACAACAAGCCAACAGUUUCACAAGUUGGUGCUCUUUGGACAGAGUCGCAGACCUCUGAUCAAACGAAUAGCAAACACAUUCAAGUAUAUUCAAAAAGUGGCAAUGCUCAGAUUCUGAAACACUAUCAUGGCUGCUAUGAUCCAAUGCAAUAUCCACUUAUAUUUCCUAAUGGAGAACCAGGAUGGCAUCCAGGCAUAGAAAAACUUUCAAGUAUACAAAAUAAUGCUGCUUCAGGUAAAACCUGUCCAGGAGAAAGAACAAUUCCAGUAGAUAUGUUCAUGACUGCAGAAGAUGUUAUACAUGCUGAAAACCAAGUUGCAGCAAAGUGUAGCAAAAAGCGAAAAUAUGUAUCUUGCAGAGAAUAUUAUUGCUACAAACUGCAGAUUAGACCUGAAGACAAAUCAAUGCUCUUGCAUAUUGGAAGGCUCCUCCAGCAAUAUGUGGUUGACAUGUACGUGAAGAUUGAGACAUCACGACUUGAUUUUUUCAAGAAUGAUCAGUACCAGAGUCGCCUGAGGACAGAGUUAUAUCAAGGUCUUCUUGAUAGCUUAUCAACUGGAGAAACCAAUGGCUCAAAUGUUGGUAAAAGAUUCAUAUUGCCUCGUAGCUUUAUUGGUGGUCCACGCGACAUGAAACGUCGUUAUUUAGAUGCAAUGACUUUGGUUCAGCAGUAUGGCAAACCAGACAUUUUUUUAACAAUGACCUGCAACAAAAAUUGGCCAGAAAUCAAGAACCUUUUAUUGCCAACAGAGAAGACAGAGAAUAGGCCUGAUCUGGUAUCCCGAGUUUUUCGAGCUAAGUUGCAAAUGUUAAAGAAUGAACUUUUCAAGAAACAUAUUUUUGGUAAAGUUGCAGCUUACACAUAUGUUAUUGAGUUUCAGAAACGUGGUCUUCCUCAUGCACAUUUUCUCAUCAUUCUAAAGCAUUGCUCUAAGUUAUUGAGUUCUGAGGCAUACGAUCACAUUGUUUCUGCUGAGCUACCUGAUAUUCAUAUACACAAGCAUCUACACUCUUUAGUAGCACAACAUAUGAUGCAUGGACCCUGUGGACAAAUAAAUCCAAACUGUCCUUGUAUGCAGAAAAAUGGAGUUUGCAAAGAUAAGUAUCCAAAACAAUUUGCUGAAUCAACAAGACAUGGUCAGAACUCUUAUCCAAUCUAUCGACGAAGUGAUGACAAAAAGACUGUCAAGGUUCGAGGACAUCAUUUGGAUAAUCGAUGGGUAGUUCCUUAUAAUGCAUAUCUUUUGUCCAAAUUUGACUGCCACAUGAAUAUAGAGAUAUGUUCUACUAUACAAGCAGUUAAGUAUAUUUAUAAAUACAUCUAUAAGGGUCAUGACAAGAUACUAUAUCAAUUCAGCAAUGGAGAAGCAAAUCAGAUGCUUGAUGAAAUCAAGAACUUUCAAUCAGCCAGAUGGAUUUCAGCACCAGAAGCUAUGUGGAGAAUAUAUAGUUUUGAUCUUAAUGAAAUGCAUCCCUCUGUAAUGACUCUACCAGUGCAUCUAGAAAAUCAACAGCCAGUAACUUUUCCAGAUCAACAAUCUGUUGAUGAUGUUAUAAAGAAUGCACAUUUGAAGAAAACUAUGCUUACAGAAUUCUUCCAGAUGAAUAAGUAUGACCAUUUUGCAAAAAAUUUGAAUUGCCUAUAUACAGAUUUCCCUCAAUAUUUCGUAUGGGAUGCUAAGUCAAGAUAUUGGUCAUUGCGACAGCAAAGAGAUGUAAUUGGAAGAAUUGCUGGAGUUCAUCCUUCUGAAGGUGAAAGGUACUAUUUAAGACUCUUAUUAAAGCAUGUUAAGAAGCCAACAUCAUUCCAUGAUCUAAAACUAAUUAAUGGCAAAAUUGCUACAUCCUUCAGAGAAGCAGCAGAGUUCUUAGGUCUAUUACAAGCUGAUAAUAGUGCAGAAAUUUGUUUAGCAGAGGCUAUUCUAUAUCAAAUGCCAUCUUCACUUCGUCAUCUGUUUGCUACAAUCUUAGUCUACUGCAAUCCUUCAAACUGUCAAGAGUUGUGGCUAAAGUUUAAGCAUUUUCUUUCUGAAGAUAUUGAACAGAAUAAAACGUUAUCUGCAGAAGUAGUCAACAGCACAGUGUUGCAGAUUAUAGACAUGCAUUUGAGAGCAAUGGGAAAACAGAUCACACACUAUGGUUUUCAGCUAUUACCAAAUACACUACUACAGAAUCACAUGGACACAAAAGAACUUCAGGCAGAAAAAAAUAUCAUCACUCCUGAAGAAGAUUUGCUCUCAGUAUAUCAACUAAAUGAAGAGCAGAAAAUUGCAUUUGAUAAAGUACUGCAUUGUGUCAACAAUAACAUAUCAAAGGCAUUUUUCAUUGACGGACCAGGAGGAACUGGAAAAACCUACCUCUAUAAAGCUCUGCUUGCAACUAUAAGAUCACAAGGCUGCAUAGCACUUGCUACUGCAACAUCAGGUGUAGCAGCAUCCAUUCUUCCUGGAGGUCGAACUGCACACUCAAGGUUCAAAAUCCCCAUUAAUGAUGAUCAAAAUAAGUACUGCAACAUCAGCAAGCAAAGUGUCUUGGCUCAGCUAAUCAGAGAUGCAAAGCUCAUUAUAUGGGAUGAAGCUACUAUGGCUAAAAGAAAGUCAGUUGAAGCCCUUGACAAGAUGUUACAAGACAUAACAAAUAACGACCAUUUAUUUGGUGGAAAAAUCAUUGUCUUUGGUGGUGACUUUCGUCAGACUUUACCAGUGAUCACACAUGGUACCAGAGAAGAUAUCAUAGAUACCAGUCUUGUCAUGUCACCAUUAUGGAGCAAAUUCGAAAAGAUCAGAUUAACAAUCAAUAUGAGAGCUAGACUUGAUCCAGAUUUUUCCACAUUCUUGAUGAGAAUUGGAGAUGGAAUUCAGCAAACUACUGAUCAAGAUGAAGUCCAGAUACCAGAAUCAAUCAACAUUCCUUUUCAAGAUGAUGAAACUUCCAUAAAUGCUCUGAUUGAUACUGUGUUCCCAAAUAUGGAGUACAUUACUUCAACAACAUCAUCUAUCAUCAAUCGAGCAAUAUUGAUGACAAGAAAUGACUUUGUUCAUCAGAUUAAUCAUAAAUUGAUAAUGAAAUUUCCAGGAGCAGAAAUAACCUACUUCAGCAAUGAUGAACCAUUAGACUCCUCAGUACAGUUCCAAGAUCAAGAUCUACUGCAUUCUCUUACACCUAAGGGCCUCCCUUUACAUGAGCUACUACUGAAAAAGAACUGUCCAGUCAUGCUUCUCAGAAACAUCAAUCCAAGUGAGGGCCUAUCAAAUGGUACACGCCUAAUCUGUAAGGAAUUUUCGAAUAACAUAAUUCAAGCACAGAUAGCAUUUGGCUCUUUUGCAGGAAAAAUUGUUUUCAUUCCAAGGAUACCAUUACAAGCUUCUGAUGAGGAAUUGUCUUCAGUACAGUUCAAAAGAACUCAAUUUCCACUACGUUUGUGUUUCGCAAUGACCAUUAAUAAAGCUCAAGGGCAAACACUUGAUUAUGUUGGACUUUACCUCAGAGAACCAGUUUUUUCUCAUGGACAACUUUACGUUGCUUUGUCAAGAGCACGGACAGCUACUAACAUUAAAGUCCUGAUACAGCCACCACACAGACAAACAGAAAGCACCAAUUUUACACGAAAUGUUGUCUAUCAAGAAGUGCUUUCAGCAGUAACUAAUAGCUAACUCCUACUUCCUCGCACUUCCUCUAUUAUUUUCCUUAUGUUUUCUAUCAUUAUUUACCAUUUUGGUUCUUUUCAUAAAUCUGCUUUAGUGAUAUAUUGAUUCUUUGACCAGCUCUUUUUACAGCACUAUGCCAUGGACACUGUAUAUACUUAUCUGUAUACAUAAAUGCUGACUAAUCUUGCAGUGAAAUAGAAGAGCUCUGUAUUCCCAUUACAGAAAUAGCACAAGAAAAAGAAGAUUGGGUUGCAAAAGCUAUUCUCAUUGAGAAAACAGCUCCCCGUAUCAGUAAAGAUGGAAGUACUACAUUUCAGAAAUAUCUGUUCCUUGACAAAGAGGUAAAUUUAUUCAUAUAAAGAGUACAUAAGGAAAAUGUUCUACAGAAUAGAAGUAAAAACUCACUCAUUAUAUUUUAUUCUCUGUUGCUGCAAAAUACAGAAAAGUACAAUCCAAGCUGUCUCAUACACAAGAGACAUACAAGCUCUAGAUCAAGCACUUGUCUUGUACUCUACAUACUACAUUGGCAAUGCAAAGGUGGAGCCUAUAACAAUAGAAAAUUUCAGAUACUGCACUUCACCAUUUCAACUAACCUUGACCAGAGGUACAUUCAUCAAAGAAGCAGAUCAAGAAAACCAGUAUCCUAUCGAUCAGUGCUACAAUUUUACACCAUUCAGAGACUUCUAUAAGUACAUGGAUACAAAUACAAAUCCGAUAAGUACUACUUCACUUUAAUAAUUUUCAUUACAUUGUUACUACAAUGAUUCUUACAUAUCAAUACUAAUACCUAAUGCUCUUGUCUCAGCUCUGCUAUGCACUGUCAUUGGAGCUCUUCCCCGUCGCUUCAUUGCACGACAAAGAGGCGAUUAUCCAAUUCAAGAAUUCAUCAUC